UUUGUGGGCAUGCGAAUGAGCUCUGUUUACUUACAAAUCUGCAUGUUGAUUUUGAUUUUGGCAUUACUCAUUCAAAAAUAUAAUUUAAUCAAUUUAAGAUAUAAAAAUGAAAACAACUAUUACCGUUUUGUUCGUAGUGCGUACGCAACGAACAUAAAUCAUCUGGAUUUUGUUGAAUACAACGGAAAUGAAAUUUUCAUAAAUCAUCCAGAAAAGGCAUUUUAUUUUGAUCAAUAUAUGUAUUAUUGGGAUGAUAAUCAUGAUGACUUGAAAGGUUUCGAUAGUAUUUGUGAAUACGCACUUUUUGGUUUUCUAGAUGCCCCUCAAUUGUCAAAGACAUACUUUCCCAAUAUGACUCGGUCAACAAGUAUUUUCUUUCAUUGUUCUUCUUCUUUCACUACCUGUUCGGGAUUAGAAUGUGAAUUGAAACAAUCUUGUUGGAAUAUAAUAUUGAUUUUAAUAGCUGUUUUCAUUCUAAUUUAUCCCAUUAAACUUUUAUGGGAUUUUUUGAUAAAAAGACAAAAACAAAUAGCCCAUCAACGAAGAAUGUCAUUAUCCAAUCACGAAACAAAUAAUCCCGCCGCUCCAGUGUUUGAGUGCUCUCCGCCGUCUCCUCCGCUAAUGCUUCACGAUGUCGAUCUGCCUCCGUCCUAUAAUUCAGCAUGCUUGAAUUCACCUCCAUCCUACGAGGCAGUUAUUCAAGGAAAAGUAUUGUUUACAGUGUCAUCCUAUUCCCCAGUUGUGUAACAUUUAAGCAGGGCUAAUGAAACUCGUUUAGUAAUAUUGUGAACUUUUGGUUUGUUGAAUUCAUAUGCAAUAAACACUUUUUAUGAAUGAUUUAAUUGGCAGACGCCUAUAGAUGUAUGUAUAUAAAUUGUUCAUAAAGUAAUUUCUGCUACCAAUUUUCAUGAUCAAAAUAAACAAA